UCUCUCGACCAGAAAAAGCUUGCCCUAGGAAGUACAAGUGAGCUUGCUAUCAGCUACGGUGGUUUAUCUGGCUAAUGCUUUCACAGGAGUCCGUAUGUCGCGCGAGCAAAAGUUGCUUUGUAAGAAGCUGGUCGCCUGGUUCAUACUGAUAACUCAAUAUGUCGACAAGCCGCGUCGAGGGGUCACGCAAGAGCUCCUGUCUCUACUCACCGGGCUAGCUCACUAUCUGAAACUCCUCAUUCGAAUCGGUCUCAGAGGAUUAAUUUCCUUGGACCCUUAUGACAAACAGGGUGACAUUAGUGGAUUCCUCGACAAGGUGGAGACGACCGACCAGACUAGCUUCCAGACAGCCCUCCAGGAGAAGCUGCGGUCUAGUGACUACAUCAGCCGCAAUGCUGACAUUUGCGCUGCCUGUGAGACAUCAGUCGAGAUCAAUCCCAAACAAGGAUGCUACUGGACUCGUUCCCAAAUAUAUCACUUCGACUGCGUCAGUUGCCCGAAUUGCGAUGCUGCUCCUAAGCUAACAAACACUGAUACUGGAGACUCGUGGGUUGAAUGCUCCCGCUGUAGUUACGUAUAUCACAAUUUCUUCAAGGAAUGUUUCAUCUUGCGUACCAGUUUCCUCCUCUCCACACACUUGCUCAUGGUUGCUUGGGCUCGUCUUGCGGCAACCUUGAAGCCGGAUGCCGGCCUUAUGGAGCUGAUUCUCCCCGAAAGAUCUUUGGGCGCUGGGGUGUCGGCAAAGACUCAAGAAAGGGGUGCGGGCGAUGAUGAAAUCCCACCUUCGCGGACAUGCCCUAGUGGCUGGAAGGCAUAUUUGUCAGCACCGUAAGUCUCGUGCCUCUCUCUGGUGGCAGUCAUAUGCAUCGCAUGCAAAGCGCUGAGCGAUUUAAAGAGCCAAGAAGUAUAUGUACACGAAGCUCGAGACGGGCGUAUCCCAACGGAACUUUCCCACUUCCGGCGAGCCUCCCAGCACAGAGAUACCUACUCGCAUCCAUCAGGAGAUGAUGUCGAGCAAGGCCGCAUCCAGCAAUGGUGCACAAGGCCCCCGGCAGGCUAUGAGUCGCGAUGACCUCGAAUCCCGGAGUUCUUUUCUUCUUGACGAUAUCCCUCACAUUGUUGCUGCCGAGCAGACGAGAGAA